AUGUCGUCUGGAAAAAUGCGUGAAGUUGUCAGCGUCCAUGUCGGACAAGCUGGUGUUCAAAUUGGGAAUGCUUGUUGGGAACUGUACUGUCUGGAACAUGGAAUACAACCUGAUGGCAUGAUGCCUGCUGACGAAAGUUAUGGUAUUGAAAGUUCUUCAUUCAAUGCCUUUUUCUCCGAAACGCCAUCAGGCAAACAUGUUCCAAGAGCAGUUUUUGUCGACCUGGAACCUACAGUUGUUGAUGAGGUACGCUCAGGAACCUACAGGAAUUUAUUUCAUCCGGAACAACUAAUUUCCGGUAAAGAAGAUGCUGCAAACAACUAUGCAAGAGGCCACUAUACAAUAGGAAAGGAGGUCAUCGACGUUUGUAUGGAUAGAAUUCGAAGAAUAACCGAGCGAUGCCAAGGUUUGCAAGGAUUUCUGAUAUUUCAUUCAUUUGGUGGUGGUACGGGCAGUGGUUUCGCAUCGCUAAUGAUGGAAAGACUGUCUGUCGAUUACGGGAAGAAGGCAAAACUACAGUUUAGCAUAUAUCCGGCUCCACAAAUUAGUACAGCAAUGGUCGAACCGUAUAAUUCAAUCCUUACCACCCAUACCACGCUAGAACAUUCGGAUUGUGCAUUUAUGGUUGAUAAUGAAGCUAUUUAUGAGAUUUGCAGAAAGAAUCUUGAUAUAAAAAGCCCCACUUAUACAAAUCUGAACCGACUUAUAGCACAAAUUGUAAGCUCAAUAACAGCAUCACUUCGUUUUGACGGAGCAUUAAACGUAGAUUUGACAGAAUUCCAGACGAAUUUAGUGCCAUAUCCGCGAAUUCACUUCCCACUUGCCACAUAUGCUCCAAUAAUUUCUUCAGAAAAAGCUCAUCAUGAACAGCUUUCUGUAUCUGAAAUUACCAAUCAGUGUUUCGAACCUGGCAGUCAGAUGGUUAAAUGCGACCCAAGAAACGGCAAAUAUAUGGCAUGUUGUUUGCUUUAUAGAGGCGAUGUUGUUCCAAAGGAUGUUAAUUCAGCCAUUGCUGCAAUCAAAACUAAACGAACAAUACAGUUUGUCGACUGGUGCCCAACUGGCUUCAAGGUUGGUAUAAAUUAUCAGCCACCGACUGUGGUACCGGGAGGCGAUCUUGCAAAAUUGCAACGGGCCGUUUGCAUGCUAUCAAAUACAACAGCAAUCGCUGAAGCCUGGGCGAGACUUGAUCAUAAGUUCGACUUGAUGUAUGCCAAACGCGCAUUUGUGCAUUGGUACGUGGGAGAAGGAAUGGAAGAAGGCGAAUUUUCUGAAGCACGUGAAGAUACCGCCGCACUGGAAAAAGAUUACGAGGAAGUGGGAACAGAUUCGGCAGAUCCAGUUGACGAUGAGUAUUAA